UCCCUGCGCGUGCGUGCGUGCGUCUGUCUGUGUAUGAGGGACGCAGGCUAAUCUCUCACCCCGUACACCUCUCUGUCCCCGGGAAACCUUCUCAUGACAGGGCGGAUCUGAGCCCGGUGGACACCCGGCGACCCCCGCAGAACCGAUCGCGGAUAUCGGCUCCCCUCCCUCCCCCUACUGUGGGCCGGUUGCCAUGGAGAGCUCAUCGGUGGCAUCAGCAUCGUCGGAGGCGGGAAGCACUCGGUCGCAGGAGAUCGAGGAGCUGGAACGCUUCAUCGACAGCUACGUGCUCGAGUAUCAGGUGCAGGGACUUCUGAGCGACAAAAAUGACACGGACCAGGAUGUGGACAAGACCCCGUCCCACACCUCACAGUGGACAGAGGACUGCAGUGAUAAGGUUGAUGGAAGCUGGUCAUCGUCGAGGGGGAGGGGUUCAUCCAAACCAGAUGAGUGGGAGCACAGCAGCAAUGGCAGCACAGGUUCUAGACCCAGUUCAGGUUCUCGACCCGGUUCUGGUUCUAGAUCAGGCAGCAGAGGACAAAACAAUCAGUUCAGAGCUAAGAAUGGAAACCGAGAUCCUUCUCUUGACAUCCUGGGAACGGACAUUUGGGCUGCUAACUUGGAAUGCCACGGAGGUGCUACGUGGGACAUGCAGCCAGAGAAACUGGAUUUUUCCCAGUUUCACAGGAGGGCGUACCGAGGGACACCAAAACAUCUUCCACACAUCGACAGAGAGGGGAUGAUGAAGGGCAAAUUUGAUGAUGAUGAUGGUAUUGACCUGGACAACAUGGACAAAUUCCUGCCCACCUUGCCGGUCUUUCCUCCAUUGCCGAAUGAAGCUGAGAUCGCACACGCAAAAAAACUGUUUCGCCGGCGCAGAACCGACCGUCGCCGAACUGUCCCGCCCCAGGACCAACUCACAGUGCAACUGUCACCUGAGGGGAAGCGGCAUGUGUCCAGGAGACAACAACGUCCACCUGGAGGAGGAGGAGGAGGGGGUGGGAAACCCCAGAAUCUUCAGCAGCAGGGACCACAGCAGCAGCAGCAACAGCAGCCGGCCAAUCAGACGCAACAGCCCAAUGCGGACCACCAAUCGGGAAUCUGCGCUAAGCACGGGGGGCGGGGAUACCAGGGACAGCAGAACCAGGGCGGGCGGCAGGGCGGUCCGCAUCAUGGCUACAGUCAGAACCGUCGCUGGCACCAACAUCCGAAACACCAGACGAACAAUUUCAAUCAAGGGCCCCCAGGGGCCGACAGGGCCCCAACACGUUAUACCAAAGAGACGGAGAAUGUGAAACAGGAGGAGCCGGAGCUUCAGACCGAGAGAGGAGUGAAGGACGAGCCGGUGAGAGAUCACAAACAGAAGAAUGAGAAAGAUGAAAAAACAGAAGCUGGGAAGAUCUGCUUACUACAGUCCUCAAAAGAGAGACUACAGAGAAGAUUAAAAGAGGAGGUAUUUUCUGAUUGGCAGGAGGAAGUUCCCGUGGCGACGGCCGGACCUCAGCAGAACCGAAUGGAUCGAUUAUUAGAGAUUUUGAACAGUAUGAAAAACAACAGAAGUGAUGUGGAGUCCCAGCUCACCACGUUUAUGGAAGAAGCGCAGAGCUCGGCAGAUUCAGAAGAGACUCUGAAUGAGAUCGUUCACACCAUUUAUCAUAAAGCCAUCAGCGAUCGAAGCUUUGCAGCCACUGCGGCCAAACUCUGUGAUAAGAUGGCGCUGUUCAUGGUGGAGGGCACCAAAUUUCGCUCUCUGUUACUCAACAUGUUACAGAGAGACUUCACGCGUCGUGAGGAGUUGCGCCAGACGAAUGUGGAGUGCUGGUUGGGUUUCAUCACAUUUCUGUGUGAAGUGUUUGGCACCAUGAGGAGCAGCGCUGGAGAGCCAUUCAGAGUCCUGGUGUGCCCAAUCUACUCCUGCUUAAGAGAGCUUCUGGAGUCUCCUGAGGUUAAGGAGGACGCUGUACUUUGCUGUUCUAUGGAGCUCCAGAGCGCUGGACGGUUGUUGGAGGAGCAGCUUCCCGAAAUGAUGACCGAGCUGCUCGCCGCCGUACGGGAUAAGAUGUUGUGUCCGUCCGAGUCCCAGCUGACGCGCUCUCUCCUGAUGGAGGUUAUCGAGCUUCACGCUCAUCGCUGGAGCCCACUGGAGGCUCUGACCACCGCUUACUACAACAGAACCAUCCAGAAACUCACGGCAUGACCCAAACACAACCCAACAACUAACUUAACUUUCAGACAAACCACUAGAGGCCAUAAACAUGCAGAACAGACACACAUACACAUACAGACGACACACACCGUCAAACACAGUACUGCAGCCAGUAUGGGAUGGGGGUUGGCCGAAUGGUCAAAGUUCAGAGGGUGAAAUAUGCAGAUUGAAAUGAAUAUGUAUUUGUUUUCACUUCAGACCUGCAUAUUCAUGAGUAAAUCCAGACACGAGGACGCAAAACCAGACAGUCAUUACACACGACGCAGACAGACAGUCCGUCAUGUUUGGGUGUGUGUGUGUUUUAGAGAAAGAUUUAGAGGAGCUUCUCAUAAAAAACAUGGUCACAUUUCACACCGAAAUCAAAAUAAAUAUUUUCAAACAAUAUAGAGAAAAUAAAGUCUGUUUUAAAGAAUUUUUUUGCAUUAGGAUAUGUAUGACUUCUAAGCAUAUUUUGGCACAAAUUUCUUUUUAAUUUGCAUUUUUUGAAAGUGUGAGUAUUUAGUAAACUGUAUUUUUAGCAAUUACUGUUUUACAAUUAUUAUUUUUAACACUUAAAUCAACGCAAGUUACCGAAAACAUAAUACUAUGAUUAAAUGUUUUACAAUUUCAUUCAUAUUACAGUCAUAAUUAUUUCUGCUACUCUUAACUCAUUAACUGGCGCAGCCAUUUUUAAAAGGGCAGCGGUGAAAAGGUUCAAAUUAAUAUAACUCUGGCAUUUAUUUUGGUUUAAAAGCCUAAUCUUAGUUUUUUUUAAGAAUUCACUUUAAAAAAAAUUUAUAAAAAAUGUAAUAGCAGUUUACAUUUAUUUGAAUAAUUAAAAAUAAUGCAAUAAAGUGUAUAUUUUAUACAUUAAACUAUCACAAAAAAUGAGGUUUGUGUCACACUUUUAGUGGUUUUACCCACAACGACCACUAGGUGUCAGCAGAUUGCUGCAUACUCCUGUCACAAAUUAAUUAAUUACUGUCACUGCAUUAUUAUUAUGGCUAAAAUGGUUUGAAAUAUAAAGUUGCUAUAAAGUUUUUUUCGUGAUGGAUUCAAAUUUACAUGCAAAAUAUUGAAGUAAACUCAUGUGUCCUGCUCACUGGACAGCGCAUUAAUGGGGUUUAACAAUGAUUAUUAGAAAAUUAUGAUUAAAAAAAUUGCAAUGGGAAAAUAAAUAUUUUCAUUUUGGUGUAAAAUGUGCCACAUGUUCCUGAAUUUAUCAUCCUCGAAAUGAUAAAUUAUUAAGCGAAGGGCAGUUGUGUCUGCAGACAGUUUGGAAGCCUGAGGGUUGAGCUCCGUCCGUCCGUCCGUCCCACCCCCCUUCAGUCCCUCGGGUAUCGGGAGCACGCCGUCUCCCCACAGGGGUGUCCAGCUGGGGUCACGUCAGCUCCAAAGAGCGAGACCUUCUUUUGUCAUACACACAGCAGAUGGCUAGAAGACUCUGAAAGGCUUGGACGCACACGGUGUGUGUUUGUGAUGAGGACACAUUGAACAUAAAGUGCUCAGAUUCUCUUCACGAACGUCAGUUGGAUCUUACCGUUCUGGCCUCUCGUCCUUGUUUAUAAUGUGUUAUAUUAUUAUGCAUUAUUGUUAAUAUUAUUACUCUUUUCUUUUAUUGUGUUUUUUUUUUACGAAGAGCGUAUAAAUGUUUGUGUAAUGAACCUCAUUUAUAAACAAAGCAGAAUGUGUUUCGUCCAUGAAACCAUUUUUACAAAUGUAUACUGUUAACGAAAAAUGGUUUCACAGAUGAAUGCGUAGAAAAAACUUCUAUGGGAAUUGUUGACACGAUCAUGCGUAGGAAGUGAAUUUUUACAGGCAUGUCUUUUAUGAAUGAGGUUCAGUGUUUGUAGCGUAGAUCUGUUGCACAGGAUUCAUUUGUUUUGCACUGUUUUAAGACAAAUGCUUUAAAAAUCGAAAAAGAAAAAGUGAUGUGGGUUGUAGAGGAUUUCGAAUGUUAAGCAUUUUUUGCUCGAAUGAAUUUUAGGUUUUAAAUGGUUUUGGGGAGAUACUAGUGGCCUUUAAACCCCUGCGAGUGUAAUGAUGAAUCUUUGAGAGACCUGUGCAGCGAAAAGGAUUUUGUUUUUUGCCCUGCGGCGUUCAGUUUCCUAAAUAGAGAAAUCUUAAAAAAUCAAGCAUGAGUGAAAACUAAAUAUAAAGACCACGUGCAAGUCGUUCUGUUUGAAACUGUUUACUUUUAACAAAUUUGUUUGAUGAAGAUGGCGGUCAAAUCUUUUAACAGUAUAUAUAUAAUAUAUAGCUAAUAAGUGUCAAUUUCUCUGGCUUUGAUGAUGACUAUGUGCAUUAUGAUAUUGAAUUAAUACGAGCCAGUCAUCUAGUUCUAUAUAAGCUAUGUAAUCUUGUAAACGGCAUAUGAAUUUGAAUAUUAAACAUAGGAAGUGUUUCGAAUUCGUUGGUGGACUCAUUUAUGGAAGGAAACACAAGCAGAACCUCUUUUGUGUUGUUGUGGGCUUUUGUGUUUUAUUUGUCUUGUAUCAAGAAUUCAAAUAUAAAGAUGAACACACGCUCAUGAAAGGUCACAUUAGUAAAUCAAAUCUAAUUUUUGUAUUGACAGUACACAGUUUUUAUUGUUUUGAUGGUUAGGCACAUUCUUUAUCUCAUCAUGAUUUGAUGUUUUAGCUUAUUGUUUUUUUUAUGCUUAUUAUUUUCUUUAAUUUUAUCAGAUUUUCAAUGCUGUGGUUUUGUUUCUAAUUUAGCCUUGGUAAAAAAAAUCACUUUUUAUCAUGAGAGUAUUGGGUUUGUGUUUAAUUGUCAAUUCAAAAUGUCAUUAUGGUACUGUGUAAUAGUUUCAUGUGAAUGAUUUUACGUGCACACACAGGUGAUUUAUUGAAGAACGGAUGCAUGUUUGUGAGCGUGUGUUUGUCUCUUGAGUUUAUUUUUGUUUUUUAAUUUAAUUGGCUCCUGACUUUAGUUUUCAGCACUGUCAGGGUGUUUAUGUUGUUUGUGGCAGACUCUCUCGAACCCUUUGACUCUUUAAGCAGUGCGAGCCACCAGGAUUGUUGAAUGCAAAUCAUCUUCAUUUGCAUCUUUUAGAUGUGCAAGGCAGGUGUGAAAACAAUGUCAGCUGACCGAACUGUAGAUUUGGGCUUAUUAAAAAAAAGAUGUCAUCAGAACUUUUUAUGCAAGUGAAAAUAAAUGAAGGGGUGUAAAAUGGA